AUGUCUGCCUGGUCCUGGCUUUACCUAUACCCGGUGGUACCCGUGACCGUCCUCGCCAUCGUUCUCCCCGUCGUCAGCUUUGCCAGCACAAUCGUUCUGCCGGCGGCCUUGACUGCCGAUGACGGGAGCAAUAACAACAACAGCAGCAGCGGCCGAGUCCUCGUUUUCGCCCGGCGUCGACCUCUGCUCGUCGCCAGCCUCGUGCAGGCCCUAAAUGCCGGCCAGGUUUUGUUGGCGGUUGUCCUGGCCGUCUUGUUCUUGGAGCGCACGGCCCCGUCGGCGGUCCGCGCGUGUGUGGUGGGCACCGCCUGGCAGCACCUGUUUGCCACCAAGAACGCAGCCGUCGUGCGCCGCAUCCAGGACGCCCUCGACUGCUGCGGGUUCAACUCGGUGCGGGACCGCGCGUGGCCGUUUGCCGAAGACAUUGGCCGCGGCGGCGGAGGAGGUGGCGGCGGCGCGGCGUGUGCCGAGCGCUUUGGUCGGACGCAGGCGUGCGCGGCACCGUGGACGGCGGCUCUAGAGAGAACGUCGGGCGUCGAGGGCGGCGUGGCAGCGGGCGUGCUGCUGCUGCAGGCGGUGCUGUACUUUGCGGCGCCGUGGGUGGCUGCCGCGCUUCGGCAGCGGCAGCGGCAGCAGCAACAGAGCCAGCGACACCGAAACACACAGUCAUCGCCGUCGGAGAGCGGCUGGACGCGGCUCUUGCUGCCGUUUGCGGCCGGCGAAGCCUUGCAAAGGGGAAGGAACAACAACGACAACAACGACGGCAUUCGCCGGCCGCUCCUGGGCACUGGGCAUGGCGACAAUGGCCCAGGAGACGGCCACGGCGCACACCCUCCGCCGAAUGGAGGUUACGUCUACGACGAAGACAACAACGCGGAUGAACAGCCGAAUGGGGACGGAGGCGACGCCGGCAAUGGCCACGAGAACAACCGCAACGGCGAGACUGUGGACGAAGAGCAAGCUCGUCCGGCUGGCCAAAAUGAACAGUCGCCCAGCCAAUAUGGCAGCAUUGCACCGCACGAUGCGUGGGGUGCGGAGUGA